AAAUUCAUUUUUUGAGUUUGCCGAAGCUGUGUUGCUGCUGCUUUGGAUCGAAAAGGAAGGGCGAGAAAGGGAAGUCAAAGGAGAGUAAGAAAAAGACUAAAAGCAAGGAACUUUCACCUCAGAUUCAUGCUCUGGAAAAUAUCGAGGAAGGAAUCGAAGGAAUCGACAGCGAAAAAUCAUCCCUCAUGCCCCAGAUCAAGUUUGAGAAGAAAUUCGGGCAAUCACCUGUUUUUAUCGCCUCAACACUUUUAGAAAACGGUGGUGUUCCUCAUGGAGCGUCAUCUGCAUCGCUCUUGAAAGAAGCUAUCCAUGUCAUUAGCUGUGGUUAUGAAGAUAAAACAGAAUGGGGAAAAGAGGUUGGAUGGAUUUAUGGUUCCGUUACGGAGGAUAUCUUGACUGGGUUUAAGAUGCACUGCCACGGCUGGCGAUCAGUAUACUGCAUACCAAAAAGACCCGCAUUCAAGGGGUCGGCUCCAAUCAAUCUUUCGGAUCGUCUGCACCAGGUUCUUCGUUGGGCCUUGGGAUCGGUGGAAAUCCUCUUGAGUAGGCAUUGCCCUAUUUGGUAUGGGUAUGGCUGUGGUCUGAAACCGCUCGAGAGAUUCUCAUACAUCAACUCGGUCGUCUAUCCAUUGACGUCGCUCCCCUUGAUUGCUUAUUGUACCUUGCCGGCUGUUUGCCUUAUAACUGGGAAAUUUAUUGUCCCACAGAUCAGUAAGUAUGCCAGUUUAGUUUUCAUGGGCCUCUUUAUAUCCAUCGCCGUAACAAGCAUACUGGAGAUGCAGUGGGGAGGAGUCGGGAUCGAUGACUUGUGGAGAAAUGAGCAGUUUUGGGUGAUCGGUGGUUGCUCAUCGCACUUCUUCGCCUUACUCCAAGGUCUGCUCAAAGUCUUGGCUGGUGUGAACACAAACUUCACCGUCACCUCGAAAGCAGCCGAUGAUGGAGAGUUUUCAGACCUCUACCUUUUCAAGUGGACGUCUCUAUUGAUCCCUCCUCUGACUCUAUUGAUCCUCAACAUCAUCGGAGUUGUGGUCGGGGUCUCGAACGCCAUAAACAACGGGUACGAGUCGUGGGGGCCUCUAUUUGGCCGGCUGUUCUUUGCCAUUUGGGUGAUUGUCCAUCUAUACCCUUUCCUCAAAGGUUUCAUGGGGAAACAAGACCGGGUCCCCACCAUAAUCCUUGUGUGGUCUAUCCUCCUCGCUUCCAUCUUCUCGUUGUUGUGGGUCCGCAUCAACCCAUUCCUGUCAAGAGGUGGAGUCGUUCUGGAAGUUUGUGGCUUGGAUUGUGACUAACACCGAGUGGCUUUCACUUCAUGCGUAGAAAAAAGGUUGUGUGGGACGUACAAGACAAGAAAGAUCUCAAGUCUCGGAGUAAAGAUGAUCGACCUCAGUUUAUCCCUUGAAUCAUUUUUGGUAGAAGCAACCGGAAAGGCUACUCUACUCGUCUGUAGAUACAAAAAACAAGGUGCGUCCGCGCUCAUUUUGUUACAUCGUCGUGCAAAGUUUCGUUUAUUCUUUGGAUUAGUUUGUGCUCUGUGUUCCUACAAGAAAACAUGAUUUUGUUUCUCAUAAUUUAUAUUCCCUUCUUAAUAAGGAGGCUUAUACAGUUGAUUUUUUUUAACCGUUGGAAGGCUCCGAGGAUUGCUAUUUAUCGAACUAAGAUUUCUGGUUUUUUUUUAUACCUUGAUAGAUAGAUGUGUAUGUGAUCAAUGAUAUGAACAGAACAAUAUAUUCUUCAUUGAGUUUUUAAUGUUAUUUUUGGAAACAGUUGUUUGCUUCA